GGAGUCCUGCUCUGUUGCCUAGGCUGGAGUUCAGUCUCAGCUCACUGUGAUCUUGGCUCACUGCAACCUCCAUCUCCCAGGUUCAAGCGAUUCUCCUGCCUCAGCCUCCUGAGUAGCUGGGAUUAUAGGCAUGCACCACCAUGCCCAGCUAAUUUUUGUAUUUUUAGUAGAGACAGGGUUUUGCCAUGUUGGCCAGGCUGGUCUCGAACUCCUGACCUCAGGUGAUCCAUCUGCCUUGGCCUCCCAAAGUGCUGGGAUUACAGGCAUGAGCCACUGUGCCCGGCCCUCCUCCUUCUUCUGAAAUGCACUUCCUCAUAUUACUAGGUGUUAACUAUACAGUGGUUCCCUCUUAUUCUCAGGGGAUACAUUCCAAGACCCCCAGUGGAUGCCUGAAACUGCAGAUAGUACCAAAUCCUAUACUUACUAUUUUUUUUCCUGUACAUACAUACCUAUGAUAAAGUUUAACUUAUACAUUAGGCUCAGUACCCUUGUGUUUUGGGACCAUUAUUAAUUAAAUAAGGGUUACUGGAACACAAGCACUGUGAUACUGUGAUAGUAAACCUGAUCACCAAGGUGGCUAUGAAAGUGACUAAUGGGUGGGAAUGUCUACAGUGUGGAGACACUGGACAAAGGGAGGACUCAUGUCCUGGGGAGGAAGGAGCGGGACAGUCAGAGAUUUCAUCAUGCUGCUCAGAAUGGUAUGCAAUAGAAAACUUAUGAAUUGUUUAUUUCUAGAAUUUUUCCAUUUAAUAUUUUCAGACCACAUUUGACUGAAGGUAACUGAAGCCUCAGACAGCAAAAUUGCGGAUGAGGGGACUACUGUAUACCCAUCUCCAUUUGCACCUCUGGUAACUGUGAGAUCAGAAUGUGAAGUGGAAGGUUGUGUGCCUCACAAUAACCACGGAGUUCUACUCAAUCUGCUGCCUUGGCGACUCUGGAUCUCUGUUCCGAGAGUAAAAUGUCACACUGCAAACUCCGGGCCUGGCGUCCCAUGGGACUUCAGUGGUUCCAGGACUGAUUUCAUUGCCAUCACUUAUAUAUGGUUAGAUAUGGGUUCAACUUGUUUGCUGUGAGGUUAAGUGUCUGAAUGUCUACAUGUCUAUAAAUCUUUAAAACUACACACAAAAAUUGCUAAAGACAAGAAAUUUGGGAAUAUUAAAUUUACAAUACAAUUUAGGAAACCAAACAGAAAGGAGGUAUACUAACUGGGUUAGAAGAUUAUAGCUGUAAAUUGUUGGGACUUAAGAAAAACCACACAUUUAGACAAAUAGUUUCUCAAUCUUCUUUAUCCAGAAACUCUUACUAUUCAACAUAUCUCCACUACACCCACACCCAAAGAGCAGUCAGUUUAGAUACAAGUUUGAGAAACACAAAGGAGGGGACAAAGGUUGGAGGAUGUCAAGGCCAAAGGAUAGGCCUCUCCUCUAGUUCAGAGCACUCUUUGUCUGCCUCACACCCUCUUCUCCCUGGGGACUGGCUGUGUGCUGACUGUCCCCAUGCUGGGAUACAUGAACAGUAACAACAGUGGACCCCUGGUCCCCGCACUGAUGGGAGGCAACAAGGAUAAGCUGCCCUCACACUUGCUAUGCUAACAGAACAGGAAAUAUUAUUUUACCUGUGGCAUAGACAAAUGUCUAGUAUAGAAGCAUGUUUUAUAGUGGGAAUUUGCUAUACAGAUCUAUUAACUACAUUCUUUCUCAUUAAAAACUGGCUUAACUGAAUUAUAUUCACUCAAAAACUGGUUUCUAGUGCUAAAAUCAAAAUUCACUUAUGGCUUUUAAUAUCAAAACCAAAAUCCAACACUGCAGCUAAAACACAUUAUUUGAUAAAGCAAAGGGAAUCUUGCAGUCUCUGGGAAUAAGUAAAAUCCCUCUUUUGCAAGUGAAAAAUUUCUCUUUCACUCAUAUUCCAAAGUAAGUGAAGAAAUUAAAGCUGCAUGAAUGGUCCCUGAAUAAGUUCCUCUGGGAAAAAAAAAAAUUUAUUAGGUUCAAGUAUUAAAGAAACUUGUGUCUACACUAUACAAGUUGAAUCCUUGACCCAUUGUUUACUUGCUGUCAAAUGACUGGGCAGUUUCUUUUCACUAUAAUUCCCUGCCAACACAAAACCAUCGCGAAGAUCCAGGAGCACAGAGAAUGGGGGUCAAUGCUACAGGGCUCAUGGGUUGCAGGGAAGGACUACAGACCUCAGGCCCUUGCCUAAGUCUCCCCAUCUCAUAAGCUGGUCAAAGUGUCCCUGCCUGCUGACUCAAGGCCCAGACAUUUAUCCAUUCCUCCCCCAACCUCUCCAUUUCUUCACCUACUUGUUCAGUCAGCAAUUCAACCAAUAUGAAAUGCCUCUUCUCUACACACAUAUGCAACACAUGCCAACUCUCAAGGAAUGCAAUUUAGUGGAGGAGAAAAAGCAAGUAAAUAUGCAGUAACAAUGCAAACAUGUGCCACUACAGGGAUAGGUACCAAGUGCUAAGGAAACCUGCAGGGAUGAACAACCAGCCCAGCUUCGGAGGGCAGAGAAACCAGCCCAGCUUCGGAUGGCAGAGAAAGCUUCCUGAAGAAGGUAGCUACAAGAAUAAAGAGCAGCAGGCCACGCCAUCAGGUGGGAGACAGUGGUGAGGAAUGCCACAGUGGGUGGAACAGCAUGUGAGAGGCAGGAAGAGCAAAUGUAGCCAGUCCAAAGGGCUGGAAUGGAGAGCAAGAUGAGGAAAAAGUGAGAGCUCACUCCAACCUGAAGCCAGGCCUAUGGAGAGCCCUCAGGUACUCCUGGAUGCCUCCUCUAAGAGUCUGGCAAUUCAGAAACAAGAAUGCCCCUGUGUACCGUGAAGAACUCAAGUCUUGAUGAGAGGACUCUUCUAGACACAUGCCAUCAAUGUACCUGUUGAUUUUAGCAGCAAUGGGGAAGCUAAUCAAUACUUAAUUUUAGAAAAGUCCUAAGCUAUGUGAUUAAGGCAAAGGACAGAUUAGGUCUGCAUGCAGGCAGAUUUCUGUCCAGCUGAAACAUCAAACUACUGUGUGAUGUAUGAAAUAUAACAUCACAUAUAAAAAAUUGAUGAAUGUAAUUCAGCCAUAAGAAGUCCUAUCUAGUGGACAGAUCAAUAUAAUCACCUCGUAAGAAGUUAUUACAGUGGGAGAAACUGGGCCUGGCUUUGCCUUGAGUUCUUAAGCAAGUAACUGGCCUUCAAUUUCUUCAUUCACAAAAGAAAUAGUUGCUAUGGUUAUCUCCAACACUUCUAAAACCCAUUAUUCUGGCAGGUUGUAACAAUCAAAAGUAUUUUAUCACCAAAGGCAAGGAUUUAAGUAACUUUUCUAAGCCACAGACUUACUAUGGUUUUGUCUGAGAAAAAAAAAAAAAAAAAAAAGGAUGGACCCCAAACUGUCUAAAAUUUAAAAAAACAAAUACAUUUAAGUUCAUGAACCUUUUAAAAGUUGACAAACCAUGCAUAACCAAAUAUAAAGAUAAUUAAAAUUUUAAGAUAAGCAAACGAGAGAUAAUUUUUUUUAAGAAAUGAGAAAGUAAAAAAAAAAAUUAACCUAACAAGGCAGGCAGUGAUUCGUUGCUCACUUCCCUUUCUGCUGGUUUCAUUUCCCUUCUUAGGUGAAAACACUCUUAAUAUGUAAAUCAGUCCACUAAACACUUCAGAGUCCUUUCUGCUAAGAUUUGCAGAAAUUUUUAUGCAAAAGAAAUUAUUUCUAGACUUCCAUGCACUAGAAAAGCAGACUUAGAAAAUACAGCAAACUAAAGUGGAUAAAUGUAUGUGGCAAAGCAGAAGCAAAUAAUCAAGGAUCCUACUUUUAAGCAUUUAGAAAUGUUUAAAUAGUAAAAAGUGGAAAUGUGGAUAUUCUAUGAUUUUUAAUAACUUGGUAGUAAAAAGUGACACUCUAUUUAGGAGUACCUACUAAGUGCCAGGUACUAUGUUAAGCACUUGGGAUCUUUCUGGUUUAGGGCCCUCACAAUCCUACUGGAUAUAGUAUUAUCUCUAUUUCAACUGUACAGAAACGAAGUAGGAACAAAGGGUUAGUCAGAAUGGGUAGGUAACUAGACAAAGUCACAGAGCUUAGAAAGCAAAGAAGCUAGACUUUCAACCCCCUUUUACUCAAUAUCAAAUCUCCUCUUUCCAUAGAUGAUGCAGACUUUAAGCAUCAAAGUAUACAAACUGAAGAAACUUUAUCCUUUGUAUAUAAUUAUCUUAAAUAUAUGCCAUCAUUUCAAGGGGAGCUUAUGCUAAGUGUGACUUCAUAAACAAAUCAUUUGUGAAAGAGAAAAACCACAUCCAGGGUAAAGUCAUAAGGUGAAAAAGCCUAUUUCAGAGAGCACUUCCUGAAAGAGACAAAGCAGCAAUUAUAGUCAGCCCAGCACCAACUCCCAUGCCACGCGUUACACUGGAAACUACUUUUUAAAGCAACAAAAGAGUCUAAAACAAAAUACAACAUUUCUUAAAUACACUGUUUCCAGAAAGAGCUAUUUUAACAGAAGCAACUCAAAGAUAUCCCUUCGACAGAAGUGGAAGUGCUGAAAAAUGUUCAUCUCUCACACAGACUUUUGAUGGACAGGAGCCCGUGAUGCCACUGACCACAGACAGCAAAUCUCCCCCACAGUUUUUCUUAAAGAGAAAUUCUGGGCUGAUUUCAAGACAGCCCACUCUGCAAAGUGACAUUUCUGAAGGAAACUUUUCAUCCACCUCCAUAUUUCAAGGGGAUGCCACAGGUUCCAUCUCAUUGCAGCAAAGUCUAUUUUUAAAGUCUGUUGUUGGUGUUGCAUCACGGGUGAGUGAAGUUUCACACUGAGGAAUCAAUGAUAUUUGCAACCCCAAAUAACCUCCUUUCCAUUUAAAAUGGACUUUUUUUUUUUUUUUGGUGAUGGAAAUUUAUUAGUUUCUACAUACACAUCAAGUUGCUGAAUGACUUCUUAUUAAUAUCUACUUGUCUUAGAUACUCCUCUUUUGGACUUCCUUUGAAAAUUUUUAAAAUUUAAAUAAUAUUGAAGCUUCUGAAUCUAGAUGGAAUGAGGAUAUGAAAGUUACUAAUGGCACUAGCUUUUUUCAAGGCGCUGCUUUCUGUGAACCACUGAAGUAGAGCAGCUGAAAUCACAAAACCUGGAAGACUUGGCAUUAUGUACUCCCAAUUGUGCAUUAGAAAAUAGCUCAUCUAUUGCUCUAACAGUCUAGUUCUUGAUCUGCUGACCAGGGCCCAAAACAUUGCUGUUUCUAGACCUAUGAUAAUUUAAGGAGAACAUAAGGUAAUAAAUAUUAUGAAGUGUUUCCACUUUAAAAAAAAACAAAAAGUUUAAUAGCCAGCUACACAAGUCUUCAUUUUCAAACCAGAGAAUUACAAACUAGAGUUUUUUAGCAGAGUGCUGUGAGUCAUCUCAUCAAAAGUUCCUUCCUUUAUUUAUUCAUCAAUUCAGCAAAUAUUUAUUUAUUGAGUAUCUAUUGCAUGCUCAGUAGACAGUGGGGCUACAGCUGUAACAAAGGGAAAGUUCCCAUUCUCUCUCAAAUGAGAAUUACUGUGAAUGUUCAGUAGUUAACCAGUUGAAUGGUUCCUUAAUUAAUUUUCCACGUUUCUAUUUACAUAUUUUGUAUAUUAAAAUUGUAUUUAGUGAACAAAAAUACAUUAUUUGGACAUUACUCAUCUGGUUGCAAAAUAUUUUAACAGAAUGAAGAUGAUAAAAAGUGGCAAACAAUUGUAUAAGAGUCAAAAUUCAGAAUGGCCUUUUCCCAAUUAGUCCAAAUCAAAGGACACUUAUUAUAGGAACAAUUGCUAUCUAAUUUCACACUAUAGGAAAAAAUUGUAAAGAAAUGGUUAUUCUUGUAGGAAGAAGGGAAGGAGCAGGGAGAGAGAGAGGAAUGAAUUUGCCCAGUGAAUUAUGACACCAGGACCAUUUUAAUAGAUUAAUACAAAUUAGUAAUAAUCUCUAGGGAAUGGAUUCCUUAAUAAAUACUAAGAUGCACAGAGUGAGUCUGUAACAUAAAAUGCUCUCAAACUUAAAAUUCACUGGCAGUAAAGGAUUUUAUUCUUAUUUUUCUUAACUAUUUUUACAGUUUCUAAGUAUCAUGCCUACCAACAAGCUGUAAAAUGAUCACCCUGAACAAUCAAGAUCAACCUGUCCCUUUUAACAGCUCACAUCCAGAUGAAUACAAAAUUGCAGCCCUUGUCUUCUAUAGCUGUAUCUUCAUAAUUGGAUUAUUUGUUAAUGUCACUGCAUUAUGGGUUUUCAGUUGUACCACCAAGAAGAGAACCACGGUAACCAUCUAUAUGAUGAAUGUGGCAUUAGUGGACUUGAUAUUUAUAAUGACUUUACCCUUUCGAAUGUUUUAUUAUGCAAAAGAUGAAUGGCCAUUUGGAGAGUACUUCUGCCAGAUUCUUGGAGCUCUCACAGUGUUUUACCCAAGCAUUGCUUUAUGGCUUCUUGCCUUUAUUAGUGCCGACAGAUACAUGGCCAUAGUACAGCCGAAGUAUGCCAAAGAACUUAAAAACACGUGCAAAGCCGUGCUGGCGUGUGUGGGAGUCUGGAUAAUGACCCUAACCACAACCAUCCCUCUGCUACUGCUCUAUAAAGACCCAGAUAAAGACUCCACCCCCGCCACCUGCCUCAAGAUUUCUGACAUCAUCUAUUUAAAAGCUGUGAAUGUGCUGAACCUCGCUCGACUGACAUUUUUUUUCUUGAUUCCUUUGUUCAUCAUGAUUGGGUGCUACUUGGUCAUUAUUCAUAAUCUCCUUCAUGGCAGGACAUCUAAGCUGAAACCCAAAGUCAAGGAGAAGUCCAUAAGGAUCAUCAUCACGCUGCUGGUGCAGGUGCUCGUCUGCUUUAUGCCCUUCCACAUCUGUUUCGCUUUCCUGAUGCUGGGAACGGGGGAGAACAGUUAUAAUCCCUGGGGAGCCUUUACCACCUUCCUCAUGAACCUCAGCACGUGUCUGGAUGUGAUUCUCUACUACAUCGUUUCAAAACAAUUUCAGGCUCGAGUAAUUAGUGUCAUGCUAUACCGUAAUUACCUUCGAAGCAUGCGCAGAAAAAGUUUCCGAUCUGGUAGUUUACGGUCACUAAGCAAUAUAAACAGUGAAAUGUUAUGAAUAAUAGGAAAGUUCUUUCAUUUCAAUCCCAUCAAAAUUCACUUCACUAAUUACUCUGGCAUCAAUGGAUAUUCUGUAUAAUACUAUCAAGUCCCUUUUCUCUUGAAAAAAUAAAUUCAUUAUCUUCAUUUUAAAAACUUAUAUAAAA